AAAACCAAACAGGUUCCUAUCAGUGAAGUGGAAAGGAGGGGGGCAGGGGAGGCUUGAGGGGGGUGUUGGGGAAAGCAGCUGAGAGGCAGAGGCAGAGAAACACGACUCAGGAGCGUCUCAGGGCUCUCGGAUCUGGGGACAGAAGUGAGAUUGGAGAAAGUAGAGCGAUGCCAAGGAGGAAACAGCAAGCACCCAAACGGGCUGCAGGUUAUGUCCAAGAGGAAGAUUUAAAGGAAGAGGAAGAUAUAAAGGAGGAGGAAGAAGAUGAUGAUGACAACAACUCAACUGCUCAGCUCCAGGGCAGCAACGACACUGGCACGGAUGAGGAACACGAAGUGGGUCCUGAGCAGAAAGGGAACUUCAGUUACCAGAAUUCCCCUGUCAGUCAUAUAUCUAACCAGGAUGCAGAAAAUGAAUCACUACUAAGCGAUGGUAGUGACCAUGUGGCAGAUAUUAAAAGCAUUUGCUCUAGAGAGCCACAGGACCCAAAAAGCAGCGCCCAUCCCAAAGCCCAGAACGAAGCACACGAUUGCAUGGAUAAAAUGACAGCGGUCUAUGCCAACAUACUGUCAGACUCUUAUUGGACAGGCUUAGGGCUGGGUUUCAAGUUGUCUAACUCUGAAAAGAGGAGUUGUGACAACAGAAAUGGAGGGAACAAAGCUGAUUUUGAUUGGCACCAAGACGCACUGUCAAAAAGCUUACAGCAGAAUUUACCUUCCAGACCCGUCUCAAAACCCAACCUGUUCAGCUCGGUCCAGCUGUACAGACAGAGCAGCAAAAUGUGUGGAACUGUGUUCACGGGCGCCAGCCGGUUUCGGUGCCGGCAGUGCAGCGCUGCCUAUGACACCUUGGUAGAACUAACGGUUCAUAUGAAUGAGACAGGUCACUACCAAGAUGACAACCAUAAAAAGGACAAGCACAGACCUACCAGCUACUCAAAGCCCAGAAAAAGGGCUUUCCAGGACAUGGACAAGGAAGAUGCACAAAAAGUUCUGAAAUGUAUGUUCUGUGGUGACUCUUUUGAUUCCCUUCAAGAUCUGAGUGUUCAUAUGAUAAAAACAAAACAUUACCAAAAAGUGCCUUUGAAGGAGCCGGUACCAACCAUUUCUUCAAAAAUGGUCACUCCAGCAAAGAAACGUGUGUUUGAUGUUAACAGGCCUUGUUCCCCCGACUCCACGACAGGGUCUUUCUCAGAUACUUUUUCUCCUCAGAAGAACGCGAACCUGCAGUUAUCAUCUAACAACCGCUACGGCUACCAGAAUGGUGCCAGCUAUACGUGGCAGUUUGAGGCCUGCAAAUCCCAGAUUUUGAAGUGUAUGGAAUGUGGAAGUUCCCAUGAUACCUUACAGCAGCUCACGACCCACAUGAUGGUCACUGGCCAUUUCUUGAAAGUCACAAGUUCAGCUUCAAAGAAAGGAAAGCAACUUGUUCUGGAUCCUUUAGCUGUGGAAAAAAUGCAAUCACUGUCUGAAGCACCAGCCAAUGACAGCCUGGUUUCAAAAUCAACCAGUAAGUCAUCUGCAGAAUGCAUAGCUCCCGCCUCUGAACUAAAAAAAGAGGGUAAAAAAGAUAAAGCUGAUGAUGUAAACAAAGAUGAGAAAGCAGUAAAAAAUGAAGAUUAUGAAGACACUCUUCAGAAACCACUGGAUCCCACAAUGAAAUACCAGUACCUCAGAGAAGAAGAUUUAGAAGAUGGUUCAAAGGGUGGUGGGGACAUUUUAAAGUCCUUGGAGAACACUGUCACAACGGCUAUCAAUAAAGCUCAAAAUGGAGCACCCAGCUGGAGUGCAUAUCCCAGCAUCCAUGCAGCUUAUCAGCUCUCAGAAGGAACUAAGCCGUCUUUGCCUGUGGGUUCCCAAGUACUGCAAAUCAGGCCAACAAUCACCAAUAAAUUGAGGCCCAUAGCUCCCAAGUGGAAGGUCAUGCCUCUGGUCCCUAUCUCAGCAAAUGUGGCCCAGUGCACUCAAGUGAAGAAGGAAACUGAUGACAAGGAGGAGGUGCAAAAGGACUAUGCUAAAGAGGGCAUCCAGUCUGAGCCUGCCUCACUCAGCCAGAGUGAGAGGGAGCCUCUCCUCAAAUCUGAAGCCUCUGUGGAGCCAAAAAAGACAGAACCAUGUCCCUUGAAAGAAGAAGACAAAAUUAAAGAGGACAGCGGAAAAGAAAAAACAGUCCUCAAGGAACCAACAGCAGCUUCUCUUAGUAAUGGUUGUGCUGCUGCCAACCAUUCGUCUGAACUGCCUUGUGUCAACCCUCUCAGUGCGCUGCAGUCAGUACUGAAUAAUCAUUUGGGCAAAGCCACUGAGCCUUUACAGCCUCAAUCCAACUCCGGCCCCAGCUCUAGCACAAUUUCUGUGUUCCACAAACCUAGUCUGAAUAUGAUGGAGAAGCCAGUUUUAUCUCCUGCUCCAACCCCACCAAGGCCUGCAAGUGUAUCCAGGCACUAUUUGUUUGAAAACAAUGAUCAGCCUAUUGACCUGACCAAAUCCAAAGGCAAGAAGGCUGAGUCAGCUCAAGCACAAUCUUGUACUUCUCCACCUCAGAAACAUGCUCUGUCUGACAUUGCUGACAUGGUCAAAGUUCUUCCCAAAGCUACUACACCAAAACCUGCUGCAUCUUCAAGGAUCCCAUCUAUGAAAUUGGAAAUAGAUGUCCGACGCUUUGAGGAUGUCUCAACAGAAGUCUCCACUCUGCAUAAAAGGAAGGGCAGACAGUCAAACUGGAACCCUCAGCAUCUUCUCAUUUUGCAAGCUCAGUUUGCUUCCAGCCUCUUCCAGACAUCUGAAGGUAAAUAUUUAUUAUCAGAUCUAGGCCCACAAGAGCGCAUGCAGAUUUCAAAAUUUACUGGACUGUCAAUGACCACCAUCAGCCAUUGGUUGGCAAAUGUCAAGUAUCAACUUAGGAAAACCGGAGGAACAAAGUUUUUGAAAAACAUGGACAAAGGACAUCCAGUCUUUUAUUGCAGCGACUGUGCGUCUCAGUUUCGAACCCCAUCUACUUAUAUUAGCCACUUAGAAUCUCAUCUAGGUUUCCAAAUGAAAGACAUGAACAGGCUGGCUGUGGAGCAGCAAACCAAGGUAGAGCAAGAAAUCUCCAGAGUUUCAGUUCAAAGAUCUCCUGAAACAAUAGCUGGAGAAGAGGACACAGACUCUAAGUUCAAAUGUAAGUUGUGCUGUCGGACAUUUGCGAGCAAACAUGCAGUAAAACUUCAUCUAAGCAAAACACACAGCAAGUCACCAGAACACCAUUCACAAUUUGUAGCAGAAGUGGAUGAAGAAUAACUCUUAAGGUAUGCAUGCUC